UGUCCACUGUAUAGGGUGAGCACUCAAAUGUUUCUGCUGGAGCAGGCGUGAUGAAUAAUAGUGUCUAAUUUGAAUAGUGGUUUCUGCUGCUUCUUCCGUAUUUCACAGUCCACUUGUAACUUCCGUGUUUCGAAGGCUAUAUCUUACUGGGUCAAGCGGUUUAUCACAAUGAGGUCCAUCCCGGAAGACUUGACGACACUCAUUUCAGAUCUGGAAACUUUUUUAACCGAUGUCCUUAAAGGGGAGAAUUUGAGCAAGAAAGCAAAAGAGAAAAAGGAUGCCUUUAUCAAGCGCAUUAAAGAUGUGAAAUCGAGCUACUCUCAAGAUUUCAAGGACAAAGGAGAUGAAGAGCUUCCAGAGCCUGAUGAAGCGGACACUAACGACGGAGGAUCGCUGCAGUCAGAGCAGACUGACAGAGAUGAGGAAAGCGCUUAUGAUGGAGUUCAACAGUCCCCUCCGGUGGCAGCUCAGGAUCUUCAGUCCAUUUUAAAGAGUGGCUAUCUGGAGAAGCGCAGAAAGGAUCACAGCUUCUUUGGCAAUGAAUGGCAGAAGAGAUGGUGUGCUUUAAGCAACAACAUAUUCUACUACUAUGGCAGUGAGAAAGAUAAACAGCAGAAGGGAGAGUUUAAUAUUGUCGGAUACACAGUCAAAAUGAACAACACCCUGCGGAAAGAUGCAAAGCGAGAUUGCUGCUUUGAGAUCUCUGCUCCAGACAAGCGUGUAUAUCAGUUCUGUGCUGUGUCUGAGAAAGAUUCAAAAGAGUGGGUGGAGCACAUUGACUUUCUGAUCAAAGACAUGGGUGGAGUCAUUCCUGAAGAUGAAGAAGAGUAUGAUGACUGCUUACCUAUGAACCACCCAACCAACCAUCCUGCACCUAUUGAUGAUGACAUUUAUGAAGAACUCCCAGAGGAAGAUACACCCCAACCUGUUAAACCAACAGUGACCCUGGCCAACAAACCCCCACCACCAUCUACCCCUGUGACAGCAGUGACCAAGAGCACAGACUACACCAACUACUUCCAGGGCUUGUGGGAUUGUGCUGGAGAGCAUCCCGAUGAGCUGUCCUUCAAGCGAGGAGACACCAUCUACAUCCUCAGCAAGGAGUAUGACAUGUUUGGCUGGUGGGUGGGGGAGAUUAAAGGGGCCAUCGGAAUUGUGCCUAAGGAGUAUCUUCUCGAUUUGUACGUGCUGUAAGGGGUCUGAGGAAAACUCUGAUGGCCUGCUGUUGUAGCUUCAUGUUCCACAAGUCGCGUACUCUUUCUGUGUGUUUCUAUUAUUCUGUGUGAUAUGUAAAGCAAACUGCCCGUUCAAAAGCACAAGUGAUUGUGAAAUACAUGAAGGAUGUGAAGCUUAUCUUUUGCUGAUUAUUUCAUUAUCACGUGUGGACUGAGUGAAUGUAAACCCCUUUUUUUGUCUUUCAAAGGCAUUCAGUUGUAGGUAAAAACUAUGAAAUAAAGCU